AUGAGAAUUUCAUCCACUAUUUCCUCCCUCGCUUUAUUGGCUUCUUCAGCUUUAGCUGAUUUACAAAACGUUUCAUUAUUCGUUACUUCUGAUGAUACUUCAAUUAAUGGAAGUGGUAUUAGUGCCCCACAUGAAGGUGCUGGUAUCAAUUAUCUUUUCGUUGGUAAUGACGGUGGAUACUUUGGUACUGCCAAUACUACUCCAUUAAUUUAUAACACUACUUACCAAGGAUUAUUUUGGCAAUCUCAACCAAACUUUAACCAAUAUUUCGGUGUGUCUCCAGCUGGUCCAGCUGGUUAUGGUAUUGUUCAAUUGAGUGUGGCUGUUUCUGGAACUGGUGUUACUUUUGAAAAUGGCUAUUUAGCUUAUGAUGGUUCAACCGAAGGUUUCUAUGCUCUUUAUAAUAUCAGUGAUCCAUACAAUUAUUCUAAAUCUCAAUUGGCUAUCGUCAGAGAUCUCAGUGCAUCCCCAGAAGGUGGUAUUCCAAUUUCUCUUACUGCUGUAUUUGGAAGUGCUUCUGCUACUGCUGCUUCAUCCACUACUUCAUCAGCUCCAACCACUACUGUUGCCACUGAAACCUCAACUACCUCUGCUGUCGAAUCUACCACUACUGUUGCUGUUAUUUCUUCAGGUGAUGCUGCUGGUGCUGUUAUUCCAGGUACCUUCUUAGGCGCUGCUGCUCUUGUUGCUGGAUUGUUAAUGUAA